AUGCCUAGUCUAUUUGGUAACUUUAAUCUUCCCACCGAUUUCCUCGGUCGUUUCUUAAAAUCGCAGUUCAAGAAACUCCCAUAUCCAGAGACCUCAUUUGCGGGCCAAACAAUAAUCAUAACUGGCGCAAACACAGGACUUGGUCUCGAAGCCGCUCGACACAUUGUUCGGCUCGGUGCCGCAAGAGUGAUCCUCGCAUGUCGUACCAUUUCUAAAGGCGAAGCGGCCGUUGCUUCUAUUUCCGCCUCGCUUCCUAAUCACAAAACCAUCAUCGAAGUAUGGCAAGUAGAUCUCACUUCUUAUGCCUCCGUCAAAGAAUUUUGCGUCAAAAUAGACCAGCUGGACCGGUUAGAUGUUAUGCUUGAGAAUGCGGGAUUGGCAGUGCCGAAAUACGAGGAGUUGGAGGGAAUGGAAAGCACGGUUACGGUUAAUGUGAUGAGUACAUUUUUAAUGGCAUUACUGGUACUGCCCAAAUUGAGAGAGAGUGCUGCGAAAUUUAAUAUAGUGCCGAGAUUGACGAUUGUAGCGAGUGAUGCGCAUGAACAGGCCCACUUCAAAGAACAAGCCUCUCCUCUCAUUCUUCCAGCCCUCAAGAAUCCCAAGCUUCAACAAGACCGCUACAACGUCUCAAAACUCCUCGAAAUCUUCAUCAUUCGCGAACUCGCUCCCCGAUUAUCUAAAUCUGACAAAGAACAAAUAAUACUCAAUACACUUACCCCCGGAUUCUGUCAUUCUGACCUGAUGCGUCAUGCUGUAUUUCCUUUGAAUAUCUUGGCUUGCAUUGGUAAAUCCUUGUUAGCGAGGACAACGGAGGUAGGCAGUAGGACUUUGGUUGCGGCAGCGGCUGCUGGGGAAGAAAGUCAUGGAGCGUAUAUGGUCGAUUGCGAGGUCAGUGAACCAAGUAGGUACGUAAGGAGUGAAAAGGGAAAGAAUGCGCAGAUGAGGGUUUAUACUGAGGUCAUGGAGGCGUUGGAGCAAAUUGAACCAGGGAUUACGAAACAUAUAUAG